AUGGCCGCCUUUCAAAACAUGGACCCCUCGGUCGGGGCCUACUUCAAGAAAUACUCCCUACCCGACGUCUAUGAGGCUCUUUUGAGUGGUUUAUUAAUUAUGCGCCCAGAUGACCCACUUAGGUUUUUAGAAGAAAAGAUCAAAGAAAUAAUGGGAAAUGGGCUAACUAGUAUUUUAUGGAAUAUGUGUAUUGAUCCUGCCUUAAGCCUAAGGUUAAAAGUAAUUUCAGACACGUAUUUACACACCCUUUUAGGACUUGAUGAUGAUCAACUGAUGACUACAGAGUUAUGUGGCAAAGCAUGGGACUUUUAUAGCACCAACUUAAAGAGAAAGUGCUUUGAGGCCUGGACAAAGUAUUGUACUAUGAGGGGUUCUGCGCAAGAUACCCUACAGAGGAAGCUGGCUGCUGCAAGAAGCUUUUACAAAAGCUGGCUGUUAAAGCGGAUCCUAAGGAAGUGGGAGACUUGGGCACAGUUCCGCAAAAAGCAGCACAAACGGGCUGCAGCAAGGAUAGGAAGAAUCUUUGAAUUAACUUUACAGAAGAUUACCUUAAAGGCCUGGCGAAAAGAGUCUCGCUACAAUAGAAGAGCUAAAAAAAGUAUUUCGCAUUUACAAAAAAGAGAUAUUGAGGAAACUGAUGGACAAACUCAAGUUCAAGAUGUUGAAGCAGUAUAUGAAAAACAUCCAACUGAAAAACAUCCAACUGAAAAACGUCUAACUGAAAGACGUCUAACUGAAAGACGUCUGACAAUAGACAAUAGUGUGCCCGCAAAAUUAACAGGUUUGGCAAAAUUGCCACAAAAUGCAUUAGUCAAGAUCUUUCAUUAUUUAAACUUAAUUGACUUGGGAAGAUGUGCUCAAGUUUGUCAAUCAUGGAAUGCAAUAUCACAUGUUUGUUCAGUGUGGAGUAGUAUUAAUUUUUCUGAAGUAAAGGAUAAGAUGAUGGACAAUGUAGGAGAAAAUAUCUUGCUGAAGUGGCGUGCUGCUGUGGUACAUUUAAAUCUUCAUGGUUGUGGUACACUGCAAUGGCUUACUUUUAAAAGUAUUGGUCAGUGCAGGAAUCUGCAAGAGUUAAAUGUCUCCAAAUGUCAAGGAUUAAAUGAUGAAUUAAUGAGGCUUGUAUCAGAAGGCUGCCCUGCUCUACUUAAUUUAAACUUAUCUCACACUGACAUUACAAAUGGGACAUUAAGACUUCUAUCAAGGAGCUUCUCAAACUUGCAAUAUUUAAAUUUAGCUCACUGCAGAAAAUUCACAGACAAAGGUUUACAGUACCUUGGCUCUGGAAGAGGAUGUCACAAACUCAUCUAUCUGGACCUUUCUGGCUGCCUCCAGAUCUCAGUGGAAGGCUUCAAGAAUAUUGCUAAAAGCUGCAGUGGGAUUCAGCACCUCACAAUUAACGAAAUGCCUACUCUGACAGACAGAUGUAUUCAAGCAUUAGUGGGAAAGUGUCAAAAGAUUAUCUCUGUUGAAUUUAACGAGGCCCCACAUGUUUCUGAUAUAGCCUUUAAAGCGCUUGCUGAAUGUCAGCUUGUCAAGAUCAAGGUAGAAGGGAGUAAUCGGAUUACUGACCGAAGUUUCAAUCUGAUGAGCAAACACUGGCCCUUCUUAGAUCGCAUCUGUAUGGCUGACUGCCAGAAGAUAACCGAUACAGGACUCAGACUAAUUGCACCCCUGUCUAAUAUUGCUGUACUCAAUUUAUCAGAUUGCAUGAGAAUCAGUGAUGCAGGGUUAAAAUCAUUCAUUGAAGGUUUUGCUGGCUCGGUGAUAAGAGAACUGACAUUGGCCAACUGUUCCACUAUUACUGACAACUCUCUCAUCAAAAUAGCUCAAAGUUGUACAAAACUGGUGUAUCUGAAUCUGCGCUCCUGUCAAGGUUUGACUGAUACUGGAAUUGAGGUUUUAGCAAUGUUGCCUUCAUUGACUCAUAUUAACAUUUCUGGAAUUGACUUCAGCGAUCAUACUUUGGAAUCUCUUGGCAGAAACGGCAAAAUCAAGGAGAUUUCUAUAUCGGAAUGUAAGCCAAUUUCUGAUACAGGAAUAAAGAGAUUCUGUAUGGAUGCCAAAAAUCUAGACUACAUGGAUAUGUCUUUUUGUCAGCAGUUGACAAAUCACUCAAUAAAACAUUUGUCAUUCAACUGCCACAAACUUACCUCCCUCAGUAUGGUUGGUUGCUCCAGGGUAACUGAUGUAGGUGUGCAGUAUUUGGGAGCAAUGUGCCCUUACCUUCACUACUUGGAUAUCUCAGGCUGCAUAAAUAUUACUGACAAAUCACUGAAGUCCCUGAGGAAAGGUUGCUUGCAGCUCCGAAUUCUUAAAAUGCUGUACUGCCCAAAUAUUACCAGGCAAGCAGUUUCCAAGUAUACAUCAAGUCUCCAGAAAUAUGAAUACAAUAAUGAUGACCCCCCUCGGUGGUUUAGUUAUGAUAAUGGCGGUCAGGUACACACUCCCAAAAAAAAGAAAAAAGGGGCACAUGAGAAAAGUCUCAGCAAUAAAUCAGAAGACUCAGAACAACCUGCAGAACCUAAGAAUGAAGACUAA